AUGUCUUUUUUUGGCGGUGUGCCGCUCGCAAACGCGAACGGUGACAUGAUCAGUGACCGCAUCUUUGCCACCUCUUUGCAGACUGUCAGCCUUGGCGCAGGAGAGGGCAACGUUCUCUGCGCCAUCGCGAACCCUUUGGACGUGAAGAGGGUGCUUCGUCUCGAUGCUGAGGCGACGUAUGUGGGUCUGGAAGACGACCAGGAUGCAGUAGUGCAGGUGGACGUCACAGAAUUCACGAUUGCGUGUGUAGUGUAG